CUUCCCUCCAAAUUCCGGCGACGAGGGUUUCCGAAAGCCAUUUCCAUAUUUCAGGGUUUUACGAGAUUUUGCAGUUUGACAAUGGCGACCAUUAUUUCUAGGAGUGCGAAGCAUUUCCAUUACGCAAAUCGCAGUCUCUCUUUGCACUGGCUGAGGUUACAUUCUCUUUCGCCUUCGUCUUGCGUUAUAGAGGGCGCGAAUCUUCAUGAUCCACCUUUUCCCCUUCAUUCGGGGCUUGGAAUAAACUUUCUAGCUACGUAUAUAAGACGGCUUAAUAGUACCGCUUCUACUACUGCUGAUUCUCAAAACCCAGCCUCCGAGAAACCGGUAGAGUCCAAUUCUAGUGAAGGGAACAAAUCGGGGAAAUCAAAUCAGGGUCAGGAUGCUGGAAAACCUGUUCGUGGUGGGCCGGUAUCAUGGUUGAGUUUUCUUUUGCUGGUUGCCACCGGAGCGGGACUGGUUUUCUAUUAUGACAGGGAAAAGAAACGUCAUAUCGAAGAAAUAAACAAGGCUUCCACAGAAGUCAAACAAGGACCGUCAGUAGGAAAAGCAGCUAUUGGGGGCCCAUUUAAACUUGUUAAUCAUGAUGGGAAGCAGGUCACAGAAAAAGACUUUUUUGGGAAAUGGACAUUGGUAUAUUUUGGCUUCACUCACUGUCCCGAUAUCUGCCCAGAUGAGCUACAAAAGCUAGCUGCUGCAGUUGAUAAAAUCAAAAAGGCAGGAAUCAAAAUUGUCCCUGUUUUCAUCUCUGUUGAUCCUGAGAGAGAUACGGUCGAACAAGUGCGGGAAUAUGUCAAAGAAUUCCAUCCGGACUUGGUUGGCCUGACUGGGACUACGGAUGAGAUACGGAAUGUAGCGCGGGCAUAUCGAGUUUAUUAUAUGAAGACUGAAGAGGAAGACUCAGAUUAUCUUGUUGAUCACUCCAUAGUGAUGUAUUUAAUGGGUCCUGAGAAGAUGGAAUUUGUAAAAUUUUUUGGGAAAAACAACGACGUUGAUUCACUUGCAGAUGGUGUUAUCAAAGAGAUAAAGCAGUACAAGAAAUAGAAAGCUUUUACAAACCAAUUUCAACUAUACUACCUCAAUCCGGUCAGUUGAUUUUCGAACUUGUCAUUUUCUACUCGAGUAUUUUUCAUCGCAUGGCUUUCACAGCGGGUUGCUGGGCUUAUUUGGAGUCGCCAGGUUGAUACCUAUAACAAUAGGCUUGUCUUACUUAAUAAUAUUGUUUUAUCUUGGUUUCCCUUCUUUACCAAGCAUUUCUUGAACAUUGAUCCAACAUGCCGUUCAUUUUAGCGGUUUAAAUCCCAUUGAUGACCAAUCACUGGCAAGGAUUUCAUGCUUUACAAUGAUAUCAACCGAAUAAAAAGGAGAAAACCGUCACUUUUUUGGA